AGCCGCCUCACGCCCCCCUGCCCCGGUCUCCUCCAUGCCGCCGUCCAAAGCCAAGUCCAGCUAUCCGAUAAAGAGGGCUGCGAGCCCGGGCAGCAGCGGCGGAACCAUGAGCCGGGACUAUUCCGUUAACCUGUCGGUCCAGCAGGUGCUGAGCCUCUGGGUGCACGGCGCGACCCUGCAGCACUUCACAGAGAUGUGGUACUGGGUCUUCCUCUGGUGUCUCUUCUCCUCGCUCUUCGUCCACGGCGCCGGGGGGCUGCUGAUGUUGGUCAUGCUGCAGCGCCACAAGUGGGGCCGCCUCAUCACCCUGGUGCUGGUCAGCGUGGGGUUCCUGGCCUCCCUCUCCGGAGCCGUCAUCACCAGCGCUGCGGUGGCGGGGGUGUACCGCGUGGCGGGGAAGCGCAUGGCGCCGCUGGAGGCGCUGGUGUUUGGCGUGGGCCAGACCACCCUCUCCGUCGUCAUCUCCUUCUCUCGCAUCCUGGCCACCCUGUGAGGAAGACCUUCGGCGGGAUGAAGGGCAGACGCUGGCGGAGGAGCGGAGCGAGCGAUUUGAGUUCAGCGGAGACUUGGAGGUGGGAGAAGAGAGAGCGCCCUCUGCUGGUUCUGGAGUAUUAAUGCAGCGGUCUGUGGUCCAGAUGAAGCUUCCUGUGCCAAAAUCCUGCUGCUGCUGCUGCUGCAGACUCUGGAGUUUCUCUGGAAAACUCCUUUCUUAGACGAUAAAACUGAAGCAACGCCACCAUCUGGGUAGCAGCUGAAGAGCAGCAGGUGUUCGCCGAGCCACGAGCCAACAGUGUUCAUCACGCGGGUCGUC